AUUCAAGAUAUUUUUUUACUAUGUAUUAAUUACUAUGCACAUUUUUGUCAAUGCCAUGUUUAUAUUACAAAAAAAGUGCUUUUGUAAUAUCAAAGGUAAACACAAAUUUUCAAUUAUUCAGAUAUACAUCAGUGAUAUUUGUAUGAAUUGUUUCUAUUAUUAAUGUUGUAUUGUUUGAUAAUUGUCAACAUUCUUAUAUAUAUUUUAUGUUUAUCAAAAUCUAUUAAUUUAAUAUUUUUCUAAAAAUGUGAUAGUUGUUACUUCACUUCCACCCCUUAUUCAUUUAUAUAAAAUAUGGUAAACAAAAAUUCAUAAACCUAUAAUACCAUUUUGUGAAUAUGGAAGUUUCAUUAAAUGAUAUUACAUUUGGCAAUAAAUUAUCGUUAAAAAAAUGUAAACUGCAUUUGUUAUAAUCAUAUUGCACAGAAUAUCAUCUUAUAAGAAAUGCUAUUAUAUAAUUUAUAUAAUUUGUCACAAUUUUACUAAUUGUUAUCUUAAUCAUGAUAUUUUCUAAGUGAGAUUAUCUGCUGAUAAAUUUUAAGUCCCAGCUAAAAUAGAUUGUUUCACUGUGCAUGCACAGUCAAUUUCCACAUUUCCAAACCCUAAUUCUUCAAAUCAUCAAAUUCUAAUAUUCCUCAAUUUCCAAAGUUCCAAAUUUCAAACACAUACAUCUGCUAAUUUCUACAUGCUGAAAUCACCAAAUUUUCAGAUCAAAUGUAGAUAAAAAAUAACAGAUGUAUUCAAUAAUAAAGCUGAAUUGAAAUUUCUAAAUUCCAAAUUCUAAAAUAUUGUCAAAUAUUUCAAUGUCUAUAAGUGUUGAGAGUCCUGAAAUAUUCGCCAGGAUAUUGAAGGUUUGAGGAGUUCAUGACGUUGUUGUUUACUCGUGGCAUCGAUUGUCGGCGCAUUUAAUACGCAAAUAAUGAGCCAGAUACGGUGAGAAUGAUCCUUGAUCGUUAUAGAUCGAUGAAUUGAUUUAAAAGGAAGCGGGAAAUAAGCAGUUAGAAACGCGCGAAGUUUGAGGAGAGCGCGGGAAGUGUGUGGUGGGGAUAAGUCGAGCCAGUAGAUUGGUUAGGCGUGUCGAGGCGCGGAGGGGCAUCGACCGGUCUGGCAUCGGGCUGCUAUCGGACUGGCAGGUCCCCCCGUUCAGUGCCACCAAUACACAAGAGCCGAGGACUCUCUAUCGCCGACCAUUGGUCCUCAAUUUGCCGACCAAUCAUUGGGAAAGUGCCCACGAAAAUAUCCAAUUAAUAGGAAAAAAUUACGAUGGAACAAUUGGGGGAAGGUCAGGCAGUUAUGGUUGGUGGUGCCGGUGGAACUGUUCAAGUUGUUCAAAUGGGACAGGGAGGACAGGCCAUGAUGUUACCACAAGCCAUUCAAGUUGCAGCUCCGAAUGGACAAAUACAAGUAGUUCCUGUAUCAAGUUUAACUAGUACAGGACAACAGAUUGUAAUUCAGCAGCCACAAACGCCACAAAUCAUUCAGACUCCUGAUGGACAAACGUACAUUUAUCAGCCAGUUCAGUUAGAGGGUCAAGUUCAGCAGGCACAACCCACAGUAAUUAAUAUCAAUGGGAACCUUAUGCAAAUUGCUGGUACAACGUCGCAAACAACAACCACUGCUGCAACUACAACACCGGUGCAACCUUUAGCAAGUCCUACAGCAACAGCAACUCAGGCAGGAAAUGUUGUCAUGAUGGUACCAGGAAAUAGUGGGCAGACACAAUUCCAGAGGGUAGCACUACCUAAUGCUGAAGUCUUCGAAGAAGAACCUCUGUAUGUAAAUGCCAAACAGUAUAGGCGUAUAUUAAAGCGACGUCAAGCUAGAGCUAAAUUAGAAGCAGAAGGAAAAAUACCUAAGGAAAGACCUAAAUAUCUUCACGAAUCUCGUCAUCGACACGCAAUGAACAGAAUUCGUGGCGAAGGCGGCCGUUUCCAUUCUGGUCAAGUGAAGAAGCGAAAUAGAACAAGUGAAAACUCCAAGAUUACCCAGCACAUCACAACCUCGACCAACACCAAUACCGUUCGUACUAUAGCAAUAGCAGCUGCGACAAAUGUAGGAGUACAGUAUCAUGACACAGACAAUAUGGCUUCAACCAUUGUCAUCGAAAAGCCGGGGAUUCCUCUUCAGGAUAUGAUUUCUGAAGAUGAUAUAAUUACCUCAAACAAUUGUUUAGUGUAGAUAAAUAUUUAAAUUAAGUUUAGAGGUGAUAAGUGAUCAAAUAAUAAGUAAGAAAAGAAAGUGUGUCAGUGAUGCAAUCCUACAUGUAGUUGUGUUAACCUUUAAAGAACAUUUUGUAAAUAAUCAUCACAAUAUGAGAUAUAGUGUGAGUAAGCAUUUCAAGGACAAAAAGCAGCGAGGAAUCAUCAAAGUUAUAUAUAUUACUAUUGUGAAAGGGUUUAUGUCAUAUUUUUUUAACUUUUCUUUCUGUACCAUAACAUAAAUUCAAUAACACUAUUACAUAAUAUUAUGUUGCGGUACAAUGAAAAACUUGAUUGGAGAUGAAACUUUUCACAUUGUAAUAUGGUGAAAGAAAGAGCUAUUGCAGUUUAGUUAUAAUUAAACUUCAAAUAUUUCGUGUACAUAUAAAGCUUACAGUGUAACAUAUCGAAUAUACGUCAAGAAACGUGUAAAUUUUUAUAUAAAUCGUAUUGUUACAUUUGAUUGAGAGAGACUGAACUUAUAAUUUAUUGUUACGUGCUGGGUACCAUUUUUAGAUUAGGUUUUAUAAAUGAAUUAAUCUUAACUUCCAUUAUGAUGUGGAGUGAACAAAAUGAAUUGAACGCGUGAAUAAAAUUUUUUGUACAGUUUUGAGUACAAGUACAAUUACUUUAGUCUAAUGAAAAGCUUUAUGGAAUAUAGUUAAUUGUUAAGAGUAUAUUAUUAUAGGAAGUUACUCGUAUUUUGUGCAGUGGCUUAUGUAAAUAAUGUUAUCUAUUUUGGCUAAUUGAAGGAGGCUAAGUAAUUUAUCUCGAUAGUUACUGAAAUCUUCGAAAAUUCUAAUAAACAAUUCUUUUUUAUAUGUACGACAAAAAUCUAAAAAUUUCUAAGAAAUUAAUUUUCAUUCUAAUUGAAUGUAUAAAAGAAAUGUACGUUAGGUGCUCACUAUAAUCUAAAACAAUUAUUUUUUAGAAAAAGUAGUAGCUUUGUGUGCAUCAAAACGAGAUUUUUUAAACUUCAUCAAGUUUAAAGAAAUAUUCGAGAAAUAAAACAUUGAUUUUCUUUUCUUAUUUAAAUAAUACGUAUUCUUAUAAUGUAUUCCUUACGUGUAAAUAUCUAGUACCUUCUUUCAUUGUAAAAAAUAAAAGAAAAGGCAGUUCAUAAGCACACACAAAUAUUUUGUAAAACAGAUCUACAAUAAAUCGUGUUUGUAAAUAAUUGUAAGGUCACAAAUAUAAGAAACAUUUACAUGAAAUAUAA